AUGUCUGUCGCACUCAACGCGAUCGUGCCCGGAAAGCGGGAACGCGACUCUAUUUCGCCUGUGCCUCUUGACGAUGAAGAAGAGAAUGAGAAUAAAGGGCAAAAGAAAGAUGAAGAAGACGACGAAGACCCUCUUUACGAUGAGGAAGACGAGGAAGAUCAGCCAUAUGGCCACUCAGGCUUGGAGGAUAUGAGUGAGGAAGAAGGUGAGGCGACGGGCGACAACCGCCAGAAUCCAACAUCGAACGACCGUAUGGAUGCCAUGGAGGAGAAACUGGAGAAGCUCAUGCUUGGCCAAGAGACUUCGAAACUCUACUGUGAGAAACUCGAACACGAACUUGGCAUUUUCAAACGAAAAUACGAGAGCGACAACGAGAAAAAGAAUGUUCUCCUCCAACGAUUGCUUGACAGUGUGGCGCAGCUCACCAGAGCCAUCAAUUGGCUGUUUGGCAGACUCCGCACGAACACGAAGUUGACGGAUGCCGCCGCGACAGUUGUCAAAGCCCUUUGGAAGUACCUGCGCGGGGAGGAAGCUAAGCCGCGCCCUACUCGCUCGCCUGCGGUUGUUAGUGUCGCCUCCUUUGAGAAUCCUGAUGCUAACCCUGAGUAUUGGGCUGAGUAG